AUGUAUUUCUCUGAGGAGGAGUGGUCUCAGCUGGAUCCUGCCCAAAAAGCUCUCCAUGGGGAAGUCAUGAUGGAGAAUUCCAGGAAUCUGGCUUAUCUGGGAGAGAAGCCAUAUAAAUGUAUAGAAUGUGGAAAGGCCUUUUCAAGAAGAUACACUCUCACUUGCCAUAGAAAGAUCCAUAAAUGGGAGAAUCCACAUGGUGUUCUGGCUUACCAUAAAAAGAGCAUAAAAAUUCGAGAAGCCAUGUCAAUGCAGGAUUUUGUGUCUUUGGAGGAAGUGACCGUGUAUUUCUCUGAGGAGGAGUGGUCUCGGCUGGAUCCUGCCCAAAAAGCUCUCCACGGGGAAGUCAUGAUGGAGAAUUCCAGGAAUCUGGCUUAUCUGAGUUAUAAUGAGCAAGUGAAUAAGAAUUGUAAGGAACAAUGUCAACUGGUCCAUCAGAAAGAGAAAAACAGAAAUUUUGCAGAUCAGAUGGAAACAAAGAUUGAUGAAACAAACCAAUCACAAAGUGAAAUUAAAAAAAGCUUUCCUUCAGCCAAUCAUCUUAGCCAUACGGUCAUUGAUACGGGAGAAAUACCAUAUAAAGGCAUGGAUUAUCAAAAGAGCGUUAAUGAAUCAGAGAAUCUCAUUUCACAUAAAGAGACACAUUCAGAAGAUAAACCAUAUACCUGCCUGGAAUACGGAAAGACCUUCUGUUAUUAUGACUCUCUUACAAUCCAUCAAAGAAAUCAUACAGGAGAAAGACCUUAUAAAUGCAUGGAGUGUGGAAAGGCCUUUAAUUGUAGAAGUAAUCUUAAUUCCCACAAGAGGAUCCACACAGGAGAAAAGCCUUAUACAUGCAUGGAGUGUGGAAAGGCCUUUAAUUGUAGCAGUCGUCUUAAUUCCCACAAGAGGAUCCACACAGGAGAGGUGGGAUAUCAAUGCAUGGAGUGUGGAAAGAUUUUUAAUUGUAACAGUCAUCUUAAUUCCCAUAAAAGGAUCCACACAGAAGAGAAACCAUAUCAAUGUCUUGAAUGUGGAAAGAGUUUUAAAUGGAAUUGUGUUCUCACCUCCCAUAAAAGAAUCCACACAGGAGAGAAGCCAUACAUAUGUAUGGAAUGUGGAAAGGGCUUUAGGAAGAAUUGUGAUCUUACAGCCCAUAAAAGGAUCCACACAGGAGAGAAGCCAUAUAUAUGUAUGGAAUGUGGAAAAUGCUUUAAGCAGAACAGUGAUCUUUCUUCCCAUAAAAGGAUCCACACAGGAGAGAAGCCAUAUCAAUGUAUGGAGUGUGGAAAGACGUUUACUUCUAACAGGAGUCUUAAAAAUCACACGUUGAUCCACACAGGAGAGAAGCCAUAUCAAUGUACGGAGUGUGGAAAGGGCUUUAGGAAGAGUUGUCAUCUUACAUCCCAUAAAAUGAUCCAUACAAGGGAAAAACCCUAUGAAUGCAUGGAGUGUGGGAAAAGCUUUUCAAGAAGAUGCACUCUUAUUUGCCUUAGAAAGAUCCACAAAUGGGAGAAGUUGUAUCAAUACAGGACCCUGGAGAACCUCCAGGACAAGUUCCUAGGAGUUGCCUUAACCUUGCCUGAAAGGGACACCACCCCCGAUCAAUUAGGUGUCUUCAUCCUCUGCAUUCUGAAAGAGAAAACUCAUGCUGCAGGAAUGGCGUUAGGCAGUUUGGCCAGACCUCUUGUGAUUAGGAAGACCUGGGGAGAUCCAUGGGUCCAUUUUGGAGCUGGAUUAGAGACCAGAGAGAAGAUGGAGGGACAACACCCAGCAGAUGCGGGAUCUGGAAAAGGCCGUCCAGCUACUCAGCCUUGGAGCUGUGGGAAAAAUGGGGCAAGUCCUGGGCAGAAGAGCCAAGAAGAGGAAGUCAGCAGUUUAGAGGUCCAAUGGUGUGACUUUAGCAAAGUGCAAUUCCAGGAGGGGAAGAGUCCCCGAGAUGUUUGCACUCAGCUUCACCGCCUUUGCCGUCAGUGGCUGCAGCCAGAAAGACAUACCAAGGCUGAGAUGCUGGACCUGGUGCUCCUGGAGCAGUUCCUGGCUGUCCUUCCCCCAGAGAUGGAGAAAUGGGUGCGGGAGUGUGGAGCGGAGACCAGUUCCCAGGCGGUGGCCCUGGCUGAAGGCUUCUUGCUGACCCAGGAAUCUGAGAAGAUGCAAGCAGAGUUGCAGUCCCUUCAAGCCAUCACCGAGUAUCCCCAGGGUUGGAAACACUCAUCAAAAUCCUCUCAGGAGCUUCUAUUGAGCGAGAGUUUCCAGGAAGGUCAAAGUCAGGACAUCACAACAGAUAAUAGAAAGCUGUCCUUACUAUUUUUAGAACAACCUUCUAUUUGUGAGAAAACUGAAAGACUGGCUGAACUUCUACCUCAGGAUUUUGUGUCUUUGGAGGAAGUGGCCGUGUAUUUCUCUGAGGAGGAGUGGUCUCAGCUGGAUCCUGCCCAAAAAGCUCUCCAUGGGGAAGUCAUGCUGGAGAAUUCCAGGAAUCUGGCUUAUCUUGGCUAUAAUGAUCAAGUGAAUAAGAAUUGUAAGGAACAAUGUCAACUGAUCCAUCAGAAAGAGAAAAACAGGAAUUUUGCAGAUCAGAUGCAAACAAAGAUUGAUGAAACAAACGAAUCACAAAAUGAAAUUAAAAAAAGCUUUCCUUCAGUCAAUCGACUUAGCCAUACAAUCAUUGAUACAGGAGAAAUACCAUAUAAAGGCAUGGAUUAUCAAAAGAGCGUUAAUGAAUCAGAGAAUCUAAUUUCACAUAAAGAGACACAUUCAGAAGACAAACCAUAUAUCUGCCUGGAAUGCGGAAAGACCUUCUGUUAUUAUGACUCUCUUACAAUCCAUCAGAGGAAUCAUACAGGAGAAAGACCUUAUAAAUGCAUGGAGUGUGGGAAGGCCUUUAAUUGCAGAAGUAAUCUUAAUUCCCACAAGAGGAUCCACACAGGAGAGAAGCCUUAUACAUGCAUGGAGUGUGGAAAGGCCUUUAAUUGUAGCAGUCGUCUUAAUUCCCACAAGAGGAUCCAUACAGGAGAGAUAGGAUAUCAAUGCAUGGAAUGUGGAAAGAGCUUUACUUGUAACAGUCAUCUUAAUUCGCAUAAAAGGAUCCACACAGAAGAGAAACCAUAUCAAUGUCUUGAAUGUGGAAAGAGUUUUAAGUGGAAUUGUGCUCUCACCACCCAUAAAAGGAUCCACACAGGAGAGAAGCCAUACAUAUGUAUGGAAUGUGGAAAGGGCUUUAGGAAGAAUUGUUAUCUUACAUCCCAUAAAAGGAUGCACACAGGAGAGAAGCCAUAUCAAUGUAUGGAGUGUGGAAAGAGUUUUACUUGUAACAGUAGUCUUAAUUCCCACAAGAGGAUCCACACAGGAGAGAAGCCAUAUCAAUGUAUAGAGUGUGGAAAGACUUUUACUUCUAACAGUAGUCUUAAAAACCACAAAUUAAUCCACACAGGAGAGAAGCCAUAUCAAUGUGUGGAGUGUGGAAAGGGCUUUAGAAAGAGUUGUGAUCUUACUUCCCAUAAAAGGAUCCAUACCAGGGGAAAAAACCCUAUGAAUACAUGGAGUGUGGAAACAGCUUUUCAAGAAGAUACACUCUUACUUACCAUAGAAAGAUCCACAAAUGGGAGAAGUAUCAAUACAGAUGAUACAAUCUGUAUCAUCAAUACAGAUGAAAAUGAUGACCAGACCAAGUUUUCAUCCCAGAUUUUGGUUUUGGAAGGUGAAAAGGAGCUACACUACGAAAAGAUCCCCUGGCAUAGCUCACAGAGUCCACCAGAGGUCACCCUCGUCAGCACUUGGAAGGGAUGGGCAGGCCCCCACUUCCAGAGGGAACUGAGCAUGCGCCUGGCUCUUUCGAGCAUUGAAAACUUUCCGGAAAAGGAACGGGUUUCCCUCGCCUCCCCUUUCCUGGGCCGAGAGAAGCGACCGGCCAAAGUUCCUCCGAUUGUCUUUGUAUGCAAGGCUGCAAUUCCGUGUGUAAAGAGUCGAGUGCAAGGCGUUUUAGGAAAUUUAGCCAGACCUCUUACGAUUAGGAAGACCUGGGGAGAUGCAUGGGUCCAUUUUGGAACUGGAUUAGAGACCAGAGAGAAGAUGGAGGGACAAUGCCCAGCAGAUGCAAGAUCUGGAAAAGGCCGUCGAGCUGCUCAGCCUUGGAGCUAUGGGAAGAAUGGGGCAAGUCCUGGGCAGAAGAGCCAAGAAGAGGAAGCCAACAGUUCAGAGGUCCAAUGCUGUGACUUCAGAAAAGGAAAAUUCCAGGAGGGGAAGAGUCCCCGAGAUGUUUGCAGUCAACUUCACCGCCUUUGCCGUCAAUGGCUGCAGCCGGAAAGACACACCAAGGCUGAGAUGCUGGACUUGGUGCUCCUGGAGCAGUUCCUGGCUGUCCUUCCCCUAGAGAUGGAGAAAUGGGUGCGGGAGUGUGGAGCAGAGACCAGUUCCCAGGCGGUGGCCCUGGCCGAAGGCUUCUUGCUGACCCAGGAGUCUGAGAAGAUGCAAGCAGAGUUGCAGUCCUUGCAAACUGUCACCGAGUAUCCCCAGGGGUGGAAACAUUCAUCAAAAUCCUCUCAGGAGCUUCUAUUGAGCGAGAGUUUCCAUGAAGGUCAAAGUCAGGACAUCACAACAGAUAAUAGAAAGCUGUCCUUACUAUUUUUAGAACAACCUUCUCUUUGUGAUAGAACUAAAACAGUGGCUGAACUUCUACCUCAGGGUGUUAUGUCUUUUGAGGAAGUGGCUGUGCAUUUCUCUGAGGAGGAGUGGUCUCAGCUGGAUCCUGCCCAAAAAGCUCUCCAUGGGGAAGUCAUGCUGGAGAAUUCCAGGAAUCUGGCUUAUCUGGUGGACACACAUUCCCAUAAAAGGAUCCACAAAGGAAAGAAGCCAUAUAAAUGUAUGGAGUGUGGAAGGACCUUUUAUUGUAGCAGUCAUCUUAAUUCCCACAAGAGGAUCCACACGGGAGAGAAGCCAUAUCAAUGCAUGGAGUGUGGAAAGGCCUUUAAUUGUAGCAGUAAUCUUAAUUCCCACAAGAGGGUCCACACUGAAGAGAAACCAUAUCAAUGUCUUGAAUGUGGAAAAAGUUUUAGGUGGAAAGUUGUUCUCACCUCCCAUAAAAGGAUCCAUACAGGAGAGAAGCCAUAUAAAUGUAUGGAAUGUGGAAAGAGUUUUAGGUGGAAUUGUGAUCUCACCUCCCAUAAAAGGAUCCACACAGGAGAGAAGCCAUAUAAAUGUAUGGAAUGUGGAAAGGGCUUUAGGAAGCAUAGUAAUCUCUCGGACCAUAAAAUGGUCCAUGCAAAGGGAAAAACCCUAUGAAUGCAUGGAUUGUGGAAGAAGCUUUUGAAGAAGAUACCCUCUUACUUGCCAUAGAAAGAUCUACAAUUGGAUUGGAGAAGCCAUAUCAAUACAGGUGAUGAAAAUAACUGAAUUCAGAUAUACUGUGUGAGAUGGUGACUAAAGAUAACCAAUGGGACUGAGAAAGUAUUUUUCAGUCUAAAACCAGUCGUGUCACUGGUUCCUCCCCACAAACCUGAACACAUACAUAUUCUAUGGAAGAAGGUUCAGAGGAAGAGCUCUGAAAGGAGCCAAAACUGUGGGAAGUCCUAUAAACACACAUGCAAAAGUUUUUCUCGAGCAAAGGUGCCAAAUUCUGUGGUCCUGUGGAAUGACAAAAACUAUAAUGGAUUUAUUUUAUACAUGUCCCUGUAGCAUUAGAUUAAAGAAGUACAGUUGGUGUGAUUAUUUAACAGGUGGUCAAUAUAUCCCAAAGGAAAAGGGGAAUUCAAAGUAUUCUGGCAUCAGAAGCUGUUGAGCAUCAACUGAGGAAAGAGACUUUUGAAAUCUGUCACAUUGGGAUGUGCUGCAAUUCACUAAGGAAUUACUACUACUUUGGUUUUUGGAAUCUCCCUCCAUCUUGAAAUCAUUUACUCAAAAGAGAGCUUAGCAAUAUGCUGUCGGAUCUCUGAGGUAGCCAGACAGGAAUCAUGGCUAGAUAGCCUAACUCUAUUGUAAGGCUAUUGUACUACUACUAUUCAUAGUCUGUUGUAAGGCUGUAUUAAUAGAACUGUGCAAGUCUAAAAGUACAAAUCUGUCAUUGCUUAAAGUUACUUCUACCUGUGAGAUGGAAGGCAUAUGCAUUGAAUAAAUUAAUAAUAAGUAUCAGUCUGAUACAUCAAUGCA